UUGUCAUUCAAUACCUUAUACCCCUUUCCGUAUAUAAAAUCGGCCGCUUGAAUUACUCCUUCCUCUACUGAAAGUAAUUCAUAUAAUGUUCAUAUUUUAAUCAAAAUCACCAUCUAUGCUAUUUCUUCCCCUUUUUUAUUGCUUUUCUUUUUGUAAAUUGUUAGAACUUUCUUUUUAUUUACUCUGUAAUAUACUAAUACAAUACACCGGUGUACUUAUUUGAUAAAAUAGAAACCUUUAAACAUUUACUACGUAUAAAUUUAGAAUGGACUAUACCAAGCCUCUUUACCACGAUAUUGAUAGCAGAAUUCAAAAAUUGAUUAAUACGGCUCCAAGCGACUGUCUCUUGUCACAUAUAGCGCAACAAGCAGCCGCUGUAAUACCGUGCUAUCACGCUGCUACUAAGACAGAAAUUGGCACUACUGCAAAUUUUGCUUCAACGGUUUCUCAAAAUCCUAAUAAUACCGUUCCACCACUUCCGACUUUUGUCAAUCUUUUGGCCCGACGAUCAUCAGCCCGUACUGGCACCUUGUUGGCUUCUCUCGUGCUUUUAGAUAGAUUAAGGCAACGAUUAUCUCAAUUUGCAAGGGGUAUGCCAUGCACUUGCCAACGUAUCUUCUUGGCUACUCUAAUUGUUACGACUAAAUUGCUACAUGACACGUCUCCUAAAAAUAAGCACUGGGUGAAAUAUGCAGUGUACUUCACCCACCCAGAGAUAAAUCUAAUGGAAAGUCAGCUGUUAGCUUUGCUGGAUUAUAGACUGACAAUCAGCGAGACAGAUUUGUAUUACUCAUUUCUCACCUAUGAUAACAUGCUCAAUUUUCAAUUACACCAACAAUAUCACUAUCUUCGACAACUAACUAUUCCCAAAUCAGCUUCGUGCAGGAGUAAUAGUACUCUAUUACAAGGUGAUCACCAGCGCUUUAUAAACGACAGUGAUUUAAAUUGCCAAAAUUGUAUGUCAAUCACUAAUUUACAGUCUUACCAGCACAGGCAGCAAGACCAGAAUCACUAUUAUCAGCCACUUUCAGAGUCACAUUACCGUAAUUUUCAGCGACAACAUAUAUAUGAAGAACUCCAGUCUCAUCAAAAUAAUAACUCGGUUACAAAAACAGUCUCUUCCUCAGCAUCUAACCACUAUCAACAUGGCUACGGGAGCAGUCAUAGCAUUAUGGGAAAUCGUCAAAAUAACUAUAUUAAUGAUAUCAAUAAUGAUGCUAUCAACAAUUUUAAUAAUGGCAAUGGUUCGAGGCAGUUCAGUUAUUGUUAUAUUACAACCUCUACGUCAUCAUCAUCAUUAUCGUCCAGCCUAUCUUCAAACUCGACCAUAGAUGAAUCAAUAUUUACGCCGACCACGUCGAUAACUGCCCCAACGGUAGCAACAACAAAUUCAAUUAGAAAUGCUGAUCCAACCAAAGCACUUUCUAGAAAGUAUAAAAAUAUGGAGUCAACCACGUAUAAAAACAACAGGAAUUUGAUCGACAAAAACAAAAGUAGUAGUACUUAUCGCCAGCAUGUGAACACUGUUCCUGUUAAUAAUAACGCCAGUAGUAAUUACAAUAAUGCCACAUAUAACCACUUUCCUCUUCAUUCUACCAUUACAGUUGACAAUUUAACUGCUGCUGCUGUUGGUCCUGAUCAAGGUCAUCCAAUGUUAAAAUCAACCUCGCUUAUGUGGUUUGAUACAGUAUUAGGUCAUCAGCCAAAACUUUUUGCUAAAAGUACUAGUCAAUACAAUUCAACCAUAUAUCGAUGAGCAAGAACGAUGGACUUUUCGUCGUUUAUACUUGAAUUGUACUGGCAGUACCAUCAUACUCUUACUAUACUAUGACAGUAAGCCUCUUCUUUUCUGCUCUCUCA